AUCAGAAUUUUUCUUCUCUUAACAAUUGAUAUACAUUAUGUUUGAUGACUGAACAGAAGAUUGAGAAGUGGCUGCCAUCUGCUAAGGAUUGAGGCGAGCCGCACCUCACCAUCUCUCUAGACCAACACCCGGUGACACAACCCCGCCACCGAGGGUGACCCGGAAGAAAAACUGUCGGUGGUUACCGUAGCGACAAUUGUUUAGGUUUCCGCCGGUGCCUUAAACACAUCAGAGGAUCCCCACAUGUUCCAAACCUGAGGCGAGACGCUGUGUCUCCUGCAAGCCCAGUGCGUGUUUGCUGGAAGGAACUGUGGAGCUAUAGGAUCUGAAAACUGAGAAAGUAGUUUGGGCAGGUGGAAGUAUGGAAGAUGCUGGCAGAGAUACUGGGGUUUUUUCCAGCACUUCCUGUGAUUAUCUAAGUGGGUUAGAGAUGUGCUUAUGAAGAGAAUCUCAGAAAAAAAUUCAAAGUAAACAGUCUGAAGAGGAAAUCAAAAUGAGUAAUACGGUUUCAGAAAUUGUGGUUCAGACAGUUGCAAAUAAAACUGAUCCAGCAUCUCAACAGCUUACUUCUAAGGCCCCCCAGAAAGAUGCACCAAAUUUGCAGAAACACGCAAAAUUUGGAGAUUUUAUUUUACCCUCACCAGAUGUAGCUCUUGAUCAAAAUCAAGAAUUAGAAAGGAAAAGGCAGAAAAAUCUUAUUGGACAACUAAAGGCUGCUGAAUCGCACAAUAAAAUACACAAUAUGCGAUUACAUUAUCGAAAAAUGAGAGCUUCAGAAAUAAACCAUUUGAUAUUAUCCCAGCCAACAGCCAGACAGGCUAUCCGUCUAGAGGCUCUUCUUCCACCAUGGCAAGAAAAAAUUCACUUCAAAGAUACCUUGGAUAAAUUGGAGCGCAAAAGAGUGGAAGAGAUCAUGAACGAUGAAGCAGGACUGACAAUAAAUCGAAUAAUAUAACAGGCACUUGUAAUAUUUGUAACAAUUGACUGAAUAUCAGUUUUCACUUUAUUACUCUUUAUAAAACUGAGUACAACUUAAUGUCACCUAAUGACUAAUGUAUACACAAGGAUCAGUGCAGCGCAAAAAUCUAUUCAUAAAACAUAAUUAAGCAUCAAAGUUCAAAAUCUGUAGAAACUCUGAAGUUUUAAUUGGAUGUUCAUCUUUUAAACAUAUACCAUUUCUUUGUUACUUACCAUGUGCCUGGAGCUAGUGGACACCUUUUAGGAGAUAGCAGUUUUUACGCUACUUCAUUUCUUUCUGUUCACAAUUUUUAAUGACAGUUGGAUAUACUCUUCUUUGGAACGCCAACUUAAAGAAUGCAAAACGUUGCACAAAGUUGGUGAGAAAAAGCAUCAUGUUGCUGCAACUGUAUUUUGUAGAUAUCAGGACAAGAACAGGAAUGACACAUUUCUAGCUAUCGCAACAAUUUAUACCAUAGCAAAAAGGAGUGCUGAUUGGUUGGGAAGCUGAUUGAUUGGACAGGACAUUAUCGAAGAGAACUGUUGGUUCUCCAAUCUUCCAAGUAUUUCAACAUGUUCCUUUUAAUAGCCAAGCAUGGAUCCUUGCAAAUAAAUGUAUUUUGUAUUUA